CUCUCUGGCCUUGGCCGGUCGUCGCGGCUCCGGUCCACCCCCCUGGUGCCUCAGUGGCCGAUCCCCUCGGCUGUCGCGUGAGGAGGUCUGCGUCUGCCCGACCUGUGCGUCCGCCCCCAACACCGAUCCCGCCUCGCCUGGCCCCACGUGCGCACGGUCGCUCCCGCAUUUCGCUACGCACGCUCGCUGCAUCCGCUGACGCAUCGCCCGUCCCCGUCGCCGAUGCGGCCGACGCCGACCCCGAUCCCUCCAGAUUCGGGAGACGAGAGGAGUUCAUUGUGUACUUUGAGAGAAAUGGGAGGUAGAGAAAGGUGUAUGGUGUUUGUCACCGUAGGGACUACAUGUUUCGAUGCUCUUGUCAAGGCAGUAGAUUCUGAAGAAGUGAAAGAAGCAUUACUGCAGAAGGGAUACACUCAUCUUCUGAUUCAAAUGGGCAAAGGGACAUACAUCCCAUCCAAGGUCUCAGGAAAUUCAACUCUUCAAGUUGAUUAUUUGACCUUUUCACCAAGCAUUGCUGACUACAUAAGAGAAGCAUCCUUAGUCAUCAGUCAUGCAGGUUCCGGAAGCAUAUUUGAGACACUACGACUCAGCAAACCUCUUAUUGUUGUCGUGAAUGAAGAUCUUAUGGAUAAUCACCAGAGCGAGUUAGCGGAGGAACUAGCUGACAGGAAGCACCUUUUGUGUGCCCGUCCACAAACACUGCAAGAGACUAUCGAGGCGAUGGACCUGAAUACUCUCCUACCUUACAUCCCAGGAGAUGCCAAGCAAGUUGCCACACUGAUCAACAAAUUUCUCGGCUUCCCCGUCGACUGAUUGUCUUCAUUCUUGUUCACUCUUUUUGAAAAACAGAGAGAUCAGAAAUGCUAGUAAUGAAGCAUACACACGAACAGCGGUUAUACAGGAAAAUGUCACCACUAAGCCAAGGGCAUUGAACAGCAUAUUGUUUCCAUCCAA